AUGUUAUUCCCAUCCUUUUAUACACUCUUUAUCUUAUUUAUUGCAGUAUCAACAGCCAUUCCUGUUCAACAUCAUUUUCAUAUCAAUGAAGAAUUAACUUCUCAUUAUACUGCUAUUGUAGACAGAAUCACUGAAUCUACUAUUCAUGAAAUUAUUGAAACUGCACCAGAGACAUUCCUUACUAUUCAUCAACUUCAAUUUACAGGGAAAGAUUACUGCAGAACAUCCCUUAUUUUAUUUAUCGAUACACUUGAACAACGACUAAACCAAAUUAAGACUGAAUUAAUAUUUGCUGUUCAGCCUUCUCUUCAAGCAAUAAAUGAACCUAAACACAGUCUUGAACUCAACAGUCGUCUCAGCCAUCAAUUAGGCCUUGUUCUGAACCCUAUCGAGACAGCCCAUCAAAUUAUCAAUCAAGUCUAUGCUCAACACAAUCCACCUAUGAAUAUUGUUUGGAAAAUCAUACGUUUAUUUAUCGAUCAACACUGGGCUCAAACACUCCAACAUGAAGCCAAUGAGUCUUUGGCUUUACAAGCCUGGUUAUGUUCCUGGUUAAGUGAUAUUGAGUUUAGUUUAAAAGAUGAAUUUGAUACCAAUUUGUACAUUUCACAAUAA